CUCUGGCGGCCCACAUUUAUUUUACCGACGAGGAGGUGGAAAUCAUAUGAUAUUUUACCUGUGCCUACACAUUGUGCUAAUAAUCAGUAAUAACAACAUUGUUGCACUGUUAAUAGAACAAAAGCUGUCUUACUGUUUUAUUUGAUUCACGCCGAACUUUUAGAAGCGGUUAGUGUGCGUUCGGAACCUGCUGGUCCCCAGGUCUACCUGAUGAGUAUGAGCCUGACUACAGAGCCCUCUAAUGAUGGCCCCACUGUUACUGAAGCUGCCCCAUCAGAGAGCAAAAUGGCAUCACCUGAGAAGAAAGAGAAGAAGCCAGAAGAUGUAGCAGAGGAAGAGGAGGAGGAAGAAGAAUAUGUGGUGGAAAAGGUGUUGAAUCGGCGAGUGGUGAAAGGGAGAGUGGAAUACCUUCUGAAAUGGAAAGGUUUCUCAGAUGAAGAUAACACGUGGGAGCCUGAAGACAACUUGGACUGUCCGGAUCUGAUUGCAGAGUUUCUGCAGUCCCAGAAAUCAGCACAUGAGGGAAAGAAGAAGGCAGCCGGUGAUGCAGAUGGAGAUGAAAGCAAAUCGAAGAAAAAAAAAGAUGACAUAGAGAAGUUAAGGGGCUUUGCUCGAGGUUUGGAUCCAGAACGGAUUAUCGGUGCCACAGAUUCCACGGGAGAGCUCAUGUUCCUCAUGAAAUGGAAAAAUUCAGAUGAAGCUGACCUUGUACCAGCAAAGGAGGCCAACGUGAAGUGUCCGCAGGUGGUUAUUUCCUUCUAUGAAGAACGACUUACUUGGCAUUCAUAUCCUACUGAAGAUGAGAAAAAGGAUGACAAGAACUAACAUGGGACUGAGGUAUGAGAAGAACAAACUGUAGUUUUGAACUUCAAUGUAGUUUCAACAGAUGGGGCAAGCAAGAAGCCACUGGAUCAUCAUUUUGUCUUGAUGAAGCAUUUCUUUUUGUUUUAUCUGGAUAUAAUCUAAAUGUGUGUAUAUAUUCUUCAUGUGUGAUUGUUAAAACUCAGCCAAAAAUAAAUGUAAAUUACAGUGUUAAUUUCCAUCUGGGAGGCUCAUGAAGGACAUUUUGUCAGAAACAUUUGUGACCUAUGAAGGUAACACUGACCACAGUAAAUGGACUACAUUUA